AUCCUGGCCCCUGAAAGGCAGCUUUGCCUGAGUGGGGGAUUUCCAGCUUUGUGGCUUUCACUUCUACAUCUGCCAAUUGGGUGGGAUGGCCUCCUGUGGACCAAUCAGAUUCCUCCCCAGCACCAACUUCAAGAGGUGAGCCAGGACUCAGGGUCCCAGAUACACAGGAGGAAUUGGCAGCAGCAGCAGCAGCAGUAGCAGUGAGAGCAUCAGGGGCUGUGGGGAAGACAGAGGACAGAGCCAUGGAAGACCAGCGUGACCUCAUCUCCAACCAUGAGCAGCUGCCCAUGCUGGGCCAGCGCCUUGGAGCCCAGGACCGCAAAUGCAGUCGUGGAGCCCUGUACACAGGCUUUUCCGUCCUGGUGGCUCUGCUCCUGGCUGGCCAGGCCACCACCGCCUACUUCCUGUACCAGCAGCAGGGCCGGCUGGACAAGCUGACGGUCACCUCACAGAACCUGCAGCUGGAGAACCUGCGCAUGAAGAUGCCCCAGUCUCCCAAGCCAGUGAGCCAGAUGCGGGUGGCCACCCCACUGCUGAUGCGGGCACUGCCCAUGGAAGGCCUGCUCCAGGGGCCCAUGCAGCAGAAUGCCACCAAGUAUGGGAACAUGACCCAGGACCACGUGAUGCACAUGCUCCUGAAGUCUGAUCCUCUGAAGGUGUACCCGCAGCUGGAGGGGAGCUUCCUUGAUAACCUGAAACAUCUCAAGAACACCAUGGAGAGCCUGGACUGGAAGGUCUUUGAAAGCUGGAUGCACCACUGGCUUCUGUUUGAAAUGAGCAGGAACUCCCCAGGGGAGAAACCCACCGAGGCUCCGCCCAAAGUACUGUCCAAGUGCCAGGAAGAGGUCAGCCACAUCCCUGCUGUCCACCCGGGCACGUUUCGUCCCCAGUGCGAUGAGAAUGGCAACUAUAUGCCUCUCCAGUGCCACGGGAGCACCGGCUACUGCUGGUGCGUCUUCCCCAACGGCACCGAGGUCCCACAAACCAGGAGCCGCGGGCACCAUAACUGCAGUGAGCCUCUGGAAGCUGAGGACCUAUCUUCCGGGCUGGGUAUGACCAAGCAGGAGUUGGGCCCAGUCCUCAUGUAAGAACAACAGGCGCCAUCUCCAGCAUCCAGCCAGCUCUACUUGGCCACAGCUUUCUUGCUCCCCUUGCUUCCCCUCUUCCCUGUUCCCCCAAACCUACCUGUCUCUCACUGUACACCUCACCCCACCAGGCUUUCCAUCAUCCUUGCACAUGAGGUCAAAUCAAAACAGCACAAACAACCAUGUGAGAGGGCCCUGCUGCCCACCCCAACUUCUGCCAAGACACAAAGCCUGAGGAAGUGGACCAAAGCUAGGCAGACCCCCAUUUUUGACAUCAUAGCAGUCUCCAACAUGGGCCUCUGAGAUCUAGGCUCACGGACAGGGAAAAGGGACACCCCAUCCCUAAACCCCAGUCUAGACACAUCUGCUGCCCUUUCCUACAUUGCUCCCCAAGGAAAACCCAGCCUUCCCCUCAUCCCAAACCCUUCACUUCCUACCAAGCCCCAGCUCUCUGCUUAGCCAAGCUUGUCAUCAGCUCAUAGGGCCGUGGCUCAUGGAAGAAUAAAGGGGUUAAGUAGAA